AUGGGGUAUUUCUGUGCCGUGUGCAACACGCUAAUAAAGUCGAAAACUCCAAAGGGAUGGAUUGACCACAUACGCGGGGUCCGGCACAAGCAAAACAUAGCAGAGAUAAUUAGGCCAGAAAGUGCUGCUGCCCUUGGCUCCAUGGUUCUUGAGGGGGUUCUGAAAGAAGAAGAGCGCAAAGGGAUACUCGGCAUAAUAUCCGCAACGCCGAGCAGGGAGGACUCCAGGCAGAAAAUACUUGCGUUUCUCAACGGGGUCCUAGUGCGGAAAUCGAUGGAAAUAUUCCGUGCCACGUAG